AUGCUUGGAGAGAGCCACUGGCUGUGGGAGAGACUGGGGUCCCCACCGUUUACAGUGAGAGAUGCUUAUUCCCCUGUUGGUUUGGGGCUGGCUGUGUGGCACUGCAGACUGCGGGUAAGAGGGGAGUGUCUAAGUCUCCUUGUCAUCCACAGGCGCGCGACUAGCAUGGACCUCCCGAUGGCCAUGAGGUUCCGGCACUUAAAAAAGACUUCCAAAGAAGCAGUGGGUGUGUACAGGUCUGCAAUUCAUGGUCGUGGUCUCUUCUGUAAGAGAAACAUUGAUGCAGGCGAGAUGGUGAUAGAAUAUUCCGGAAUUGUUAUUCGAUCGGUGUUAACGGACAAGCGGGAGAAAUACUACGACAGUAAGGGGAUUGGCUGUUACAUGUUCCGCAUCGACGACUUCGAGGUAGUGGACGCCACCAUGCACGGAAACGCCGCCCGCUUCAUCAACCACUCGUGCGAGCCCAACUGCUAUUCGCGUGUGAUCAACGUGGAGGGCCAGAAACACAUCGUCAUCUUCGCUAUGCGCAGGAUCUACCAGGGCGAGGAGCUCACCUACGACUACAAGUUCCCCAUCGAGGACGCCAGUAACAAGCUGCCCUGCAACUGCGGGGCCCGCAAAUGUCGCCGCUUCCUCAACUGAGGGAGUGGGGCCAGGGUGGGGAUCUGCCAUGGGACCAGGGGCAAGGGGGGGGUGCACCCCUCCCCUCCAUACACCCUCACAGAGGCAGAGGGAGCGCCGGUUCUAAGUUCCCCAUGACGCCAGAUCAGCCCCCUCCCUUUCCUCAGGGUUUUCUGCUCCCCUCUCCCUUCUCGUUCUCCAUCCCUUUCACUCCCUACUGCCCUCUCAUUAACUCCUGUCCCUCAUGUUUACUUCCACCCUCUCCCUCGUCCUCCUUCCUCUUUCUCGUUCAUUCUUCCCUCCCUCUCUCCCCUCCUUCCUCUUUCUCGUUCAUUCUUCCCUCCCUCUCUCCCCUCCUCUUCCCUCUCUUUCCCUCCCCAUCACUUCAUCCUUCUCUAUCUUGCCAUCUCCUCACCCUCCUCCUCCCAUGCCCCCUCAUUCCCUGUUCCCUCCCUUACCCCUUUCUUUCCUCUAAGUUGAAGGGACAGGGGACAUAACCUCCACUUUGUAACCAAUGCUGGGCAUAUCCUCCUCUGCACCCUCCCCCCUCCACACACUAAGGGGCUCCCCACCAUUCCCUUUGCUCAGCAAACUGUUGAUAACCCCUCCUGGGGUCUCUGUAAUCUGGAUAGCUGCGCUCCAGUGCCCCACCAUCCCGCAGAGUUGGGGAGAGAGCACAUCGGCCCUUCCCACACGCUUCCAAACCUCAGCCUGUCCCUCAUACUCCCAAACAUCGCCCCCUCCCCACUUUGGCAGCAGUCAUGGGCGUUCACACAAGGGGGCCCGGGGCGUCAGACCAAACCCUGUGUGUGACCGGACCCAGGUUCGAUGGGAGACCUCAUCUGCCCCAGUGUCCCAACCGUUUAAUUCCCUCUAGUUUAAGAAUCGGGGUGGGGGGGGGGAGAAAAUAACCUGCUCUAACUUUGUGUAAAAAAAAAUCCUCUAAGUUGUACAUACCUGUACAGAUAUUUCUAAAACUCCCUUCUUUUCUAUGCACUUUUUUAUUUAAGAAAUUGUUUCCUUAAUAAAGAUGUUAAGUUGUUCACAGUUACAAAGGAGUCGCGCUGUAGUGAUUCUAGUACCGUUGCCGGGAGCCAGGCAUCAGCAGCACAUACCCCUCACCAGCUCUGUUCCUCGACAAUUGAAUCAAAUCCCCUCGCACACAUCAGUAGCUACAA